AUGGCUCUGGCUUGGAUAUAUUCUGUAUUAUUAUGUUUUUUGAUACUUAAUCACAAAGGAUUAGGAUUUAAUGCUGAACGUGAACAAUAUGAUGAUGAUAGUGAAAGUUCGGAUGAUGAACAACCAGAAAUUGCUGAGCGAGCGUGGCAAAAUAUGGAUAAUUUCAAUUCUGGUUAUAGUAAAGAUAGUUUUAAUGUUUAUUUUAUGGGUCAAAAAAUUGAUGGAGCAAGUGCCAUGUCGUUUCAACCUUUAACAUCUGGUUAUGCUAAAGACAAUUGGAAUGUAUAUUAUGUGGGGAAAAAAAUGCCUGGCGUCAGUGCAAUGUCAUUUCAGGUUCUCUCUUAUGGAUAUGCUAAAGACAACUGGAAUGUUUAUUAUAUGGGCAGAAAAAUGGAAGGUGUUAGUGCAAUGUCAUUCAAGAUUCUCUCUAAUGGAUACGCUAAAGACAACUGGAGUGUUUAUUAUAUGGGCAGAAAAAUGGAAGGUGUAUCACCUAAUUCAUUUUCUGUGAAUAUUUUCUGA